AUUACACUUCUGGCAACUCUAUAAAUCAGCUGCUGUUUUUAUUCAGAAUAAAAUUACAAUUCUGUUGCAUUUUAUUUAGCAAAUUUUUAGUAAACACGUUAACUUUAGACAAUUGAAUAGGAAAAUAAAUUGCGAAGUCGUCGGCAAAUGCCCAAAUCGUUAAGUUCCAAUGGUACUAAAGAAUGUAAUGUUUGUGUCAUUUGUUAUGCAGAUCUGUCCAUAGGUGCUCGUUGCAUUCAUCAAACAAAGGCUGGCCCAAUAGAAUUUAUUAAAAGCAAUUAAGAGCACGCAAAUCAAAGUCCACUACUUCUUUGAUAAUCUUGCUGGCGGUGGUCAGUUAACACUUGCAGUUUUGAAGCAACUAUAAGCAGUAGCAAUACAAAUACAUAAUGGGAUACAAAGAACCUUUGCUGCAACAAAUUAGCCCACAAGAGGAGGCAAUGCAGUCACUUUGCAAGCAAUUGUUGAAAUCUAAAAUUUUUCGCGGCUACUAUGAAGAGCGUCGGUUCGUGGAUGCAGUAAGUGAUUAUCGCGACAUUAUUGGGCUCCAUCGAAGUGAGCGAGAGUUCGAGCGUUUAUUGCUGGACAUUAAAUGCAAAUUGCAACUUUUCUAUCAGCAUUCGCCACAUGUGUGGAUUGGAAUAACACAUGGCGAUUGUAUGGGCGUUAUGCCAAAGAAGUACACGCUAGACACACACAUUUGGCUGCAACUACAAGAAGCUGCCUUCGCACAGUAUUGGUUUCUUGUUAAAAGUGUGCGAUUUCGUAAAAACGAGGUACUAUUAAAGUUAAAAAUAGUACGCGCUGUUGAGGCCGAGCCGCUAACCGAAAAAGUAGCUUCGUCCCAACCUUCUACACCUGCCUCAAAGCCCGACAGUGGAAACUCAAAACCGGAAGUUUUAAUUGAAGAUGCAGAGAGAAAAUCAAAUAACCCAUCACAACCUGAUGAGGGGAUGCCGAACACGUCUGAUAAAGGGUCAAAGGAAGGAAAUCAGAUCGGUUAUGAAGAUUUUGUCGAGGUGGUACGUGACUGGGGCACAAGCAUAAAACAAUCUGUUUACGAUUUUAUUUCGAACGAUAUAAACAAAGACAACAUAAAGGGUUUUUUACAAUUUCUGGGCUUAGUUGUGGUCUCUCUAUUGACCGGCAGUUUUGAAGCUAUUAAAUAUUUGGGCACCUUCGCGUUGCGCUUCAUGUUUGAAUUUACGCGUUUUACACAUGUAAUGACACCAAUCAUACUAAAGUUGAUCGAAAUGGCAACUAAGAUUGUUGGAGGCUUUUACGUGUUGUUGGCGAUGAUAUGGAAAGAUGUAUUUAUGAAACGAAACAUGGCACAACAACGUCCACUACUCGAUUACAGUGAACAUAUAAGAGCAAUAGAAUACAAUCGGCCGCUGUAUAAAAGUAUGGAAUACAAUAUACGGCAAAGCCCACCACAGCCAUCAAUGUUGCGGACGGACGAUGGCCAAUUCACGGAGUUCGAGCGAAAACUUCAAUAAAGUGCACACCCAUGGGAAUGUGCGGGACUGCUAAGAUUAUUAAUUUGAUUGUUAGAACUAAUAUUUUUUACUAAAUUAAUUGCCUGAUAGUAGGAUGCUUUACGAUUUUACACGACGAUACGAUCAUUCCGUAUAUUGGA